AUGUCGGAACAAAAGCUUUGGGAGAAAAUUCUGCAAGAAUCUUCCCAAAGGGACCAGCAUCCUGAAGGCAAUCUUAUUCUAGUUGGAAGAAAAAACUGUGGAGUGAAACAUCUUAUAUCUGUAGUUCAAAAAGGCCCAGGCUCUUUAGGAAAGAAUUCAGUGUAUUCACAACUCAUUGCUCCUGAUGAUCCAAUCCCUAUAACUUCUCCUAUUCAUUACUCUCACAUAAACGCGAAGAAUAUUGAAGAUCCUCAGUCCUUGAAGAUCUCCAGAAUAAACAUUUGGACCUUGGAUCAGCCUGAGCUCAAAGAUCUGCUUGAAUUUUCGCUCAAGCCCAAACAACUAAAUAACACUUUGUUCGGAAUAGUACUAGAUUGGUCUCAGCCAUGGACAUUUAUGGAAGAUCUCCAUCAGUGAAUUGAAAUUUGGCAUGAAAAACUUGGAAAAGUCCUAAGUUCGCUGCCGCUUGAUGAUCUUAAACUUAAUAUUAUUGCCGGGGGCGUAAUCUCGGUUUCAUUGGCCUGGGGAUUGCCUGCAGACCUUGCUGGGCUUCCCUUUACAACUCCAAAUCCGACCUUUCCUUCGAGGUAAAAUCCAACCGUAAAAGUGGAUUUGAGCUAGGCUCCACAAUAAUGGAAUUGCUUAAGUAGCAUUGUUGUCCAUUUCUUAGCUUGCAAAACCUUGCCCAUAUAAUUAAUAUGUGCUCAGGGAUGGCCUGGAGGCUAUACUUGAGCCGAAACACUAUGUUUAAUUAAUACAGCUUGAUGAUCAAGAUCAAAUGGUGCAAAGUGUGGAAAGGUAUAUGAAGGCUUAUAAAGACCCAUCUGAAGAAACAAAAGAAGAGCAAGUCGAUGAGGCAAUCCAAGAAGUUCCGCUGCCUGAAGGAGUUUUGCAAGUAAACUUAGGAGUUCCGAUCAUGAUUAUUUGUUGCAAAAGCGAUUUAAUAUGGUCUGUUGAUAAAAGUCGAGACCAGUGCGAGCGAAUUUUGGAUUGCACUUUGAAAUCGCUGAGAGAGUUUGCAGUCACUUAUGGAGCUUCAAUUAUUUACACCUCUUCUAAAACAGGAACCAAUUUGAAUACUUUUUACAAUUAUAUAGUUCAUCGGCUCUAUGGGUUUAAAUUUUCCCAAAAAGCCCAAAUAAAGCUCACGCACCAUAAUAGAUUUCUAUGUAGGCAAUUUGAGAUAGAGAUUGAAGUGUUUUGCUAUUCAAUGUUAAUAAGUGAUCUAGAUAGCCCUUAUCAGUGAGGAUUAUAGUGAAAUAGUUUAAAUUUUAUCAAAAAAUAUUAAAGUGAUAGAACUCUUAAAGAAAUAAAAUUUAAUUAGAAAUGCAUAACAGUGCCUUUUAUCAUGAUUUCUGAAAUUAAGGCACUUAGAGUGCAAUAAUGCAUAAUUUAUUUAUUUAUCCUUUUAGCUUUUUUUGUUAAAAUUUAAACUAUUCCACUAUAAUCCUCACUGAUAAGGGCUAUCUAGAUCACUUAUUUAUCAAUGAAUAGCAAAACACAUCAAUCAUCCAUCUCAAAUCGACUACAUAGAAAUCUAUUAAGGUGUGUGAACUAUAAUUGAUAGGGAAAGCAUUUUUAUCCCUGCAGGAUGGGAUUCGCCAAAUUUAAUUAGAGAAAUGGAUUAUUUAGGCAUAUCAGAAAAACAGUAUAAUGAUCUCUUGCAAAAACCAAAAUACCGAGGAGCACGUAAAGAGGAAACUCCGAUUGUUUCAGACCAAGACUUUUUAGUGCAAGUUCAAGAGCGGCUUUCAAAAUCAGUCAAAAAAGCAGCAGAUAAUGUAAGAGACCUCAUCACAAGGCCACAGCAAAUUUCUCUGGGAUCUCCAAAUGAUGCUACCCCUAAUCCUGAGAUGACAGCCGAUCCUCAAGGUGCCAACAAGAACAAGAACUUACAAGAAUUCUAUAAAAUGUUGCUGAAAAAAGGAAAUAAAGAAGAUGCAGAUGCUUACUCUCAAGAUCACUGGCAAAAACUCACCUCCGUGAGAGCUAAUUCUGUUUAAUUUUAAACAGCUUGCAUUUUAAAACAUAAAUUUUACAAAUUAAAUUAAUGUAUGUUUUAAAAUAAUUUCGAAUUGGAAUUUUUUAAUUUUAAAAAAAUUCUAUAAAUUUAUGUAUAAUUUAAAUUUUUGUGUGUUUACCAGGAGGGGGAGCUAG